CCAAAUGUCAUGGCUGACGAAGAGCUGAGCGCCCGAGCCACCAAAAAGGGAAGUUUGUCACCCAGCAGCUCCCGGGGCGGCACAACCGAGUCGAGCACGCUGCUGCAGGAGCUGAAGAGCACCAUCUCCAAAUCCGUGCAGAGCAAAGUCGACUCCAUCCUGCAAGAUGUCCAGAAGUUUUCAGACAACGACAAGCUCUACCUCUACCUCCAGCUGCCGUCGGGGCCGAGCCUGGGGGAGAAGAGCGGUAGCCUGGACCUGAGCUCGCUGAGCACGGCCGAGUACAUGCACGCGUGCAACUGGAUCCGGAACCACCUGGAAGAGCACACGGACACCUGCCUGCCCAAGCAGGACGUCUACGACGCCUACAAGCGAUACUGUGAUAACCUCUGCUAUCGCCCUCUGAGCACCGCCAAUUUCGGCAAGAUCAUCCGGGAGAUCUUCCCAAACAUCAAAGCCCGAAGGCUGGGAGGCCGAGGACAGUCGAAGUACUGCUACAGCGGGAUCCGGAGGAAGACGGUGGUCAGCCUGCCGCCCCUGCCCAGCCUGGACCUCAAAGUGAUGGAGACCCAGCAGUCGGAGCUGACGGACCUGGUGCAGUCCUACAACAGCGAGGUGAUGGAGGCGGCCUGUGCCCUGACCUGCGACUGGGCUGAGAAGAUCCUCAAACGCUCCUUCAACAACAUCGUGGAGGUGGCCCAGUUCCUCAUCCAGCAGCACAUCAUCAGCUCCCGCUCGGCCCGCGCCGACCUGGUCAUGGCCAUGGUGGUCUCAGAGAGCACGGAGAAGAUCCACCGUGAGAGUCGGACCCCAUCGAUGGCGAAGAAGAACGGCCUGGACACCUCCGAGAGCAGCGACGGGAGCCAGGGGCAGAUCAAGAAGGAGAGCAGCCCCAAGCCCCCCGUCCCGACACGGCCUGAGAAGAAGAAGCCCCCGGAGCCCCCCAAGGCGGCCAGCAGCCCCCAGGUGAACGCCCUGGCCGCCCGCCUGCCCCUGCUCCUAGCCGGCACGCAGGGCCCUUACGGGCCUGGCUGGCUGGCUGGAGGUGGCAAAAGGAUCAGGGAGUUCGGGCUGGCCGCGGGAGUGGCUCUGCUCACGAUGAGUGCGCCGUGCGACGCAGGCGCCUCAGAGUCAUCGGGAUACCUUGCGUGA